AUGGACCGCGUCGACCGCACUGGUCGCCGCUCCGAGCACACUGACGGCCGCUCCGAGCACAUUGACGGCCGCUCCGAGCACAUUGACGGCCGCUCCGAGCACACUGACGGCCCCGAACGCUCGAUCCCCUCCCGCGCCGAUCCCCGCGACCGCGCCCCCGACUCGCUGCCCUUCACCACCGCCGCCAGCGAGUUCAUCUACGGCUACUCCAGCGUGCUCGCCGCCAUCCGCGCCCAGCGCCGCCAGUUCUACAAGCUCUACGUCAACUCGCGCGGCCUGAACCGCGACAUCCUCCUCGCCCGCGCCAAAGCCGCCGACCUGCGCCAGAUCACCCGCGAGGUCGGCGACCAGUACGACCGCGCCUUCGACAAGGCGUCGUCGGGGCGUCCGCACAACGGCUUCAUCCUCGAAGCCUCGCCGCUGCCCGUCCCGCCCAUCACCGAGCUCCAAGAGUGCGUCAAAGAAAGCGGCCAAUUCAACGUCGUCCUCGGCCCGCAGACGAAAGAAGAGCUCGCCGUCAACGGCAGUCGGACCGCAUACACGUCCAAGUCCCCCUCCCGCUUCCCGCUCGUCCUGUACCUCGACGGCAUCCUCGACGAAGGCAACCUCGGCGCCAUCGCCCGCAGCGCCUACUUCCUCGGCGUCGACGCCCUCGUCACACCAACCCGCCAGUCCGCGCCGUGGUCGCACAUCGCCGUCAAAGCCAGCGCCGGCGCCGCCGAAGCAAUCCCGCUCUUCCGCGUCGCAGAGCCCGCCGACUUCCUCGGCCGCGCGAGCAGAAACGGAUGGCGCUGCUACGCGGCCGCGGCCCCCGCGCCGCGGCCCAAGGACGAAAAGGAAAGCACGACCGACAUCGUCUACACCCAGGCCCGCAGCGGCAAGGUGCUGCACGCCCACACCCCCGUCCUCGAACACCCCACCAUCCUCAUGCUGGGCGCCGAGGGCGCGGGCCUGCGCUCCAGCCUGCUGAAUCUAGCGCACUACAACGUCGGCAUCCGGCACGGCAGAAAUGUCGACGAGGUUGGUGUUGAUUCGCUGAAUGUCAGUGUUGCUGCAGGGCUGUUGUGUCAUGACAUCCUCGCGAACAAGGCGGCGAGUCUUGAGCGGGACCCGGAGAAUGUCGUUUUUCAACUGUGA